ACCCUGUAUCACCGACGGAUCUGUCAGCCCAGUCUGUGGCAUCAUGGCGUAGACACGCCCCGAAGUCCCUGAAGUCCCGGCUUGUGAGCCCUGGCCUCUUCCUCGACCCAUUCCUUGGCCCAUCUGGCCAGCUUGCGGUGUCCCUGCACGAGAAAUAGUAGGGCCUUGUGCUGCACCCUGAAACUGGUACUGGCUGCCCUGACCCGUAGUAGGGUAGUGAGGAGCAUACUGCGUCUGUGGUUGCCCCACUGAAGUCUGAGAUUGCGACGACCCAUGACCCUGGGAUCCCUGCCUCUGAGGACAAUCCCUCUUCAUGUGACCCGGUUGGUGGCAAUGAUAGCAAGUCCUCUGGCCAACCUGGUAGGAAGGUCUCUGAUUUCUCCCACCUUGGGAGGAUUGACUUUGGCCUUGGCCUUGAUAACUGCGGUCUUGUACCUGAAAUCCUUGUGGAGUAGAAGUCCUUUGCUUCUUCCUUGAGCUAGAAGAAGAGGAUUGGCCUUCCUUCUUCUUGUCUUUUGCACCAGACUCCCGGAUGCUCCUUGCGUCAUCCACCUCUCUCUCAAUGGCCAAAGCUGUGGUGACCAUCAAGUCGAAGUCUUGUAGUAGAAGACCAACAAUUUUACCUCGGAUGGAUAACUUCAGCCCAUCCUCAAAUUUUCUAACCUUGGCCAUAUCUGUGGCCACAUAUUGGUCAGCGAAACGUGCUAACUCAGUGAAUUUAGCCACAUAUUCCAUCACUGACAUCGUUCCUUGCCUCAGAUCUAGGAACUCCCGGGCCUUUGCAUGCCUCGCAGUCGCCGGGAAGUAUUUCCCCAUGAAAAGUUCCUGGAACUCUACCCAUGUCAUGGCCUCCAAGUUCUUGGAGUCUUUCACCCAAUCCCACCAUACUUGGGAUUCCCCCUCCAACUGGAAUGUAGCUAGAGUUAUCCUGGUGGCGUCAGAGGUGAUCUCCAUUGCCCUCAAGAUCUUGUCAACCUGCCGGAACCAAUGAUCAGCUACCAUCGGGUCCGCCCCUCCCAUAAAGAUCGGCGGUUGAUGUGCCUUGAACUUCUGGAGAUGACUGGAG